AUGACAUUCAUAGAGCCAGCCAAUGCCAUAAAGAGGGAUCCAGAUAAGGAUGACCUGGGGGGUUCCCUGGGCAGAGGAGAACUUCGUUCUCUACCCGCUCAGUGCUCACCUGGCCGGUUCAAAAGAUGGUGGAUGGUCCUGGAUCAUGACUGCCAGGGUGGCUCAGGGACCCUGUCCUCUGUCACCAUUCUCAAGGAAUACCAAGAUCCAACCAGGAAGAGACUGCCUUCAGUGACAGGAGAGGGUGUGGAGCUGCUGGUCAUUCCUAGUUUGGUAACAGGCACUCUGGGCAUAGGGAUCCUGUCAGACCACAGAGUGCCAGAGAGAAGCAGCAUAGCUCACAACAGAGGAGGGGUCCAUCCCAGAAUCUACCAGGAAUGCCAGUGGACCUCAGUGACCUUUCUUAGGGUACCAGGCGGUGCCUGCCUUCUCAUGGGCUUCCCUUUGGUCAUUGCUGCGAAUCCUAGAGCCCAAGGUCUCAGUAAGAAAGAAACUGUCUGGCCUGGUGCAUCAGAGCUGGGCUAUCUAGGGCUGCAGGGUCUACCUCUCACAGACUACGGUGCAGUGGGGGAGCUGGGUGGGGCAGAGCAAGCAGUGUGGAAGGGCAGAGGCAGCCCUCUGAAACCUGCACAGCCUUGGAGAGGGUACCGCUUCCUCCUCGCCAGUCCGCACCAGCUGAAGAGCCAUCCCCAAGGGCCCCUAGGCCCUGCUGCCUACGGUUCAGGGAUGCCUGCCCCCUGUGUCUUUGCUCCAGACAUGACCGAGCAGGUGCCCCUGUGGCAUCACUACCUGUUGGCCAUCCAGUCGCGGGAGUCACCCCGUGUCCAGGACUACCAGAGAGCGGAGAACAUCUUGCUCACCGUGCUGGAGCGUGUCCAUGCCUUGGACCCCCGCUUCCUCGUCGACUAUUCUCGAGACCUGGAGGCCUUCCAGUUUGCACUGCGCUCCUCAGAGGAUCCGCUGGAUGUGGAGGUGCCCCUGGGGGUGGACGCCGAGGCCCUCCUGAUUGAGGAGUCAGAAGCCACUGAGCCAGGGGAUGGCUCUGCAAUCUGUCGCCUGGGUGUCCUCAAGGAAGCAUCUGGCCUGGAGCCGUGGAUGACUGAUGAUGUCUUCAGCGUCUCCUCAGAGAGCAGAGACGAGUGCUGUGGCCACAUUGUACCCAGUAAAGUAUUGUGUGUCCUUAAAGAUCUUCUGGUGGCUGCUAUUGUACACUGCAAGCACCACAACCUCGUCCCACCAGGUUCCCUGAAUGCUGGUAACCUGAAGGAAGGGCAGUUGCACCUGUCCCUGCUGGUGUCCAGCGGCUGGAGGAAGAUCCGCUUCAACGUUGUGCCUGUGGUGAGGAAGAAGCACAGGGUGCCUGCCUUGGAGCGGGCCCAGUUGAAGCCUGGAUUCCCUGAGGGCAUCUUGAAAAGAAUUGCCAGCCACGGGGUGGACCUGGUGCCAGCUAAUGCCCAGCACUGGAGGAUCUCCACCGGCUACCUGCUCAGCCGCCUGCUUGGUGCACUAGGCUCCUUCCCUGGUCACCGCCUGGACAGCCUCUCCAUCCUCGACCGGGUGAACCUAGAGAGCUGGCGAGGCGGCAGCCAGAGCCCCGGCCUCACUUUUGACCACUUGAAGACAGUGCUGCUGUGGGCCUCUGUGCUCUUCCCAGCACCCGAGGACUGGAUGGACCUGCAGGGCGCUGUGUACCGUCUGCUGGUGGUGCUGCUGUGCUGCCUGGCUACCAGGAACCUGCCCCACUUCCUGUACCCGGAGCACAACUUGCUGCAGGACAGCGGUCUGGACCUCGGCGUCAUCUACCAACGCGUGGAACACUUUGCCAGCCAGCCCGAAGAGUCCUUGCGAAUCCAUGUUACCCACCUGGGCCACAGCCGUCCACCACGCAUUGACAAUGGAGUCAAGGCACUCCUGCAACUCCCUGCCAGUGACCCUACUUAUUGGACCACUGCUUACUUUGAUUUUCUGCUUGAUAAGUUCCAGGUCUUUGACAUCCAGGAUAAGGACAGAAUCUCAGCCAUGCAGAACAUCUUCCAGAAGGCCAAGAGCAUGGGAAGUGACCACAGCUGA